AUGCCGUCGAAAUUGAAUUUCCUGAAGACGGCGAAACUCCGGAGACCGGGGUACUGUGGAGCCUAUAUGUCGCAUUUCGAGGACGACAGCUUAUCAUUUCCUCUUCCUCGUUUUCUUCUUGAGGCGUUGGUGGAGCUUAAGAUGUCGUUUACCCAAAUGGCGCCUAACUUUUUUCGCUAUUUCUUGGCCUCCUGGGUCCGAGCUCAGGAGGAAGGUCUUGAGUUCGGCCUCAGGGAGUUGAAGCAAUUGUUCGCUAUAAAGCGGAACAAUGGCUUUCCUGGCACGAUGAUUCUUGCUCCUCGCUCUGGUCGUGUUAUUAUUGAAGGCAUUCCCAAUAAAGAUGAUCGAUGGAGAGAAAAGUUCUUUGUUUUUAAGGUUAACCCGACGUCGGUCGGGGAUUUUGAUUUUGAGAGGAUCCCUAGGGAAUGGUCCGACGACAUUGAGCCCUUCGGCCGUGCGCCCAUGACUCCCGAGCUUCGUGGGUUAAUGGCUACUUUGCGACGUGGCAGUCCUCGAUGGCUCGCUUUUACUCAUGACCGAAUUCGAACCGCUUAUGCUCUACCGCCGGGUGUGAACCGUGCUACUCCUGUUGCCUUGGUGGCUCCCGUUCAGCCCAAGAAAGGUCGUGGCAACAAGAGGAAUAAGGAGAAGGAGGUGUUGCUCGAUCGUCCUGAUGAGUCUUCUGAGGUCGGGUCGUUAGAGCGAGCUGAAAAAGUUCAGCGCGGGCCGGUUCUUAGAUCGAGGUUGCAGGCUCAGUCUCCUGGCCUUCUGGCUAGGCCGGUGUCGAUUGCUAUCCCUGCCGGCGGGACUCGUAAGGCAUUGGAUAACUCGGCGAGUUCUGCUGGCGAUCGAGCUCUUAACGACGAGGUCGAUUCAUUGACUCACCGACGUCGACGUCGGGUCUUGGAGGAGAUUAACACUGUGACUUCGGGGUCAUCGAGCUCGGGACUUCCUCCACUGUUACGCGUUUCUGGUGAAUGUACUUCGCGGAUUAACCCUGGCCUCCGUCUUUCGAACGUGCCCGAAGCCUCUUCGUGGGCGUUUUCAUAUGAUAACGAGAUUCUUAUCCUUGAGAACCCCGAUUCCCUCGCUGCGAUCUGGCGUAAGAUCAGAGCGGAAGGAUGCGAGCUCCCUUCUCUGGAGCGUAUGCGAGAGCGUGAUGCCUAUGUUCGGAUGGUAGUUUCGAAUGCCAAGGCUAUGGAGGCGAGCAACGAAUACGCCAAUUUAAUGGAGGGGCGAUUGGCUAAUUUUCCAAGUAAGGAGGAGAUCGCGGGUCAUCUUCUCACGAUCCAACAGCUUCGAGGUGAGUUGGAGGUUGCUCGGGAGGCGGACAGGCAGCGGGAAGCGGAGAUUGAGGAGUCGAAGAGGAAGUUGGCUGCUGCUGAGGCAGAGAAGGUCGCUAUUCAAAGCGAUCUUGACUCGAUGAAGGAGAAGCAUAGGCGAGAGAUCGAAGGUCGAGAUAGGCAAGCUCGCAAAGAGCGCCACCUUGCUUGUCUCUCUCUUGCUCGAGAAUAUGAUGGGGUUCUGGAUGUAGUGAAGAACAAGUUGGAGCAGAAGAAAAAGGAAACGGCUGCGGAAAUUCGUUUGCAAGAGGUGCGAGCUCGUAUUGAGGCUUUGACUGAGUAUAAUGAGGGUGGCUUCGAGUUCGAGGUGGAGUUGGAGCGUCUUAAAGACCUGGAUAUUUCGCUCGAAGUUGAUUACGGUCUUGCUUUGGUGUCGGACCCUUCUCUUAGUCGCCUCGAUCUUCCUGAGAUUUCUGGAGAUUCGGUCAGUUAG